UGGAGGGUUAAUCUUUCAACUUUCACACAUGAACAACAAAACUGACAUUUCACCUUUUUGAAAGGCCUCUAAACUAACCAACCAACCUUCUUUGGUUGCUCUUUAAGAAAGUGAACAUUUCUCUUCUUGCAAGAGUGAUCCUGCUGUCUAAGAAGUGCAGCUAGCCAUGGCUUCUUCCCUUUGAUGAGAGAUUUCACAACACAAAAAUUAGUGAGAGAAUUGAAAUUUCCCACAUAGCAAAAUUAAUGGAGGUUCAAUCUCCUGCAGCAAAACGCCACUAUGACAUCACCAUGUCAAGAAGAACAAGGAAACAACAACAACAACAACGACAACAACAACAACAAUUUCCAGUGCAAGGCAACGAGAAAACCAAAUCAACAAUGGAUGAUGAUGAAGCAACACGAAAGGAUGUUGAUGUUCAUGUCACAGUGGAAACAAAAACUACUCAAACUGUUUCUAUUGCUGGUGAGGUGAAAGAGGGUGGUGAGAGUGACCACAAAAGCUUGAAGCAACUCAUCAUAGGAGAUGAUGAUCACAAAGAAGCAAAGAAGGGUAGUAGUAAUAAUAAUAGUAAUAAUAAUAAUAGUGAUCAUGAGAGAGGUGGCAAAGGAGGAUCAAGGAACUCACUUGGUGAACACUUCACAGAGGAAGAGAAGCAGCAUAAUCUUCAGCUGGUUAGGAUGCAACAGAAUAAGGACAACCUCCAAGGCUUGAAGUUGAAGAAGUUGGUGCGUCGUUACGCCAAAGUUUUGGGGCAUUUGAUGAAGGCUAAGCGUGAUCCUCAUCUAGGUGGUGAUGCUGGGAAAAAACCUGUUUUCAAGUUAUCAGCCUAGCCAGGGAAAAUUUUGGAGUUUUACUAGCUGGUGAUUAAUUUGGUUGGUUGAUCUAUAAUUUCUAUGUACUAUUAUGUGCUUAUAUUUUGGCCAACAAAAUACCUUAGCUUUAAUUUCUCGAUUGAUCUUAUUUUAUUCUUAUCAUUUGUGUAUCCUUAUUCAUGC